AUGGCAGAAAUCGCAGCAGGCGCUGUCGUAGCUGAGCAGGUCGUGUCGACUGGCAUUGAGGCUGGAGCGGCCGUCGCCGUGGCACGCCCGACUCAGCCUCUGAAGGUGUCACUGUCCCAGGUCGCCACCACCCAGUCCCCCGCUUUCGACACGUCCGCCCUUGCACGUUCCCACCACUCAGUCACCGUCGUCAACCACAAAGCAUGCAUCUUCGGCGGCGAGACAGCAGAGGGCGAGCUGGCUUCGACCGACUUCCAUGUCCUCUCUUUGCCGGCCAUGACCAAGGGUGAGCCGGUUGCAGCCUACGCCUGUUAUCCGGCAUUCGCGAUGCAGGAUGCAGAGACUGGCAAGACCUACGUCCCUUCCCCGCGUUCAAGACAUGCGGCGGCAGCCCGCGGUCAGUUCGUGAUCGUCAAUGGCGGUGCUGAUGCUAGCGGAAAGCCCAUCGACGAGACUUGUCUUUGGCUGUGGGACUCUGAGAGUCUGAAGUGGACCAAGAUCCAAGGAGCAAGCCAGAUUGGAAAGACCAUCACGCCGAGAUUCGACCACCACAUCUUUGUCGAGCAGACCCAGGACUUCCUGGUUCUCCACGGAGGAAGGACUGCACCAGGACAGGAGGCAUCUACUGAGACCUGGAUGUACAACUUUGACACUCUCGCCUGGACAGCGCUGCCGCCUUCUCCUCAGCCUCCUCUCGCGGCCGCGUUCGUGGGUAACGUUCUUUAUACCAUUGGCGCUGACUCUAAUAUGAGCGGUGCUAUCCACUACAUGGACCUCAAGUCCAACGCCGAGGACCGCGAGAAGCCCGACGCUCUUGAGUGGAAGACUGUCAACUUCCCUACCAACCCACUCACCCCGGGUCCCCGCCCACGUGAAGGGGGCGCGCUUGUGCCAGUAGACACUGGUGUUGGCCGACACUACCUCGUCUAUAUCUUUGGCGAGAACAGCACUUCAGCCGACAAGGACUUCUACACUGAUAUCUGGGCUCUGCAGCUCCCUACCCACGGCUUCAACGCGGCGGCUGUGAAGGAUGCGAUCCGUGACAAGCUGCCUCGUAUUGAUUCUGGUGAGUUCAGCUGGGCAGAGGUGGAGCUCAUUCCGACAGAGGAAGUCAAGACGGAGGGAAAGGCGCACCCCGGCCCACGUGGAUACUUUGGUGCAGACGCUGCAGAUGGAAAGAGUCUUGUCUUCUGGGGUGGCGUCAGUGCAUUGGGCAAGGAGGGCGACGGAUGGCUGCUUCAGGUCCAGUGA